AUGGAAGCUCUGAGGAAGAAGCGGCUCAAGGUGGGAAUACGUCUUAUUCUAUUGGUGUUCUUCGUCUUGAGUUCUUCAGCUUGGACUGGUGAAAUCCAUGGCAGAGUUGUUUGUGAUGUCUGUGGCAAUUCUUCUAUAGAAGGUGCUGAGGUUGCUGUUCUUUGCCUCACAAAGUCCGGGGAGGUUCUAAAUUACCAGGCAUUCACAGACACUAGAGGGAUUUACACUGUUGCCGAGACAAUGCCCGAGAGCGAUCAUUGGGAUGCCUGUCUUGCUCGUCCCAUUAGCAGCUUCCAUGAGCAGUGCACCGAACUCGGCAAGGCCUGCUCAGGGGUGAAGUUCAGCUACAAUCACCCAUCAGGUUAUUCCCACAUAGUUAGAACUUCCGUUUACCGACCUUCUAGCCUUCCAACCUACUGUAUUUGAUCUGCCCUGGCCUUGCUACAAACCUAAUGGUGACCAUACUUGGUUAAACUGCAAGGGAAACUAAGGAGUACAUGAGCAAUUCAUGCUAUACUAUGCGCGCGCGCGUGCACACAUAUAUGGAGUGUUGUCUGAUAUUUAUUAUUACUAUGGAGCCUAGUUGAAGUGAAGGUGUGA